AUGGCUACUGAAGAAUAUGAUAGUAGCUAUGAUGACAUUGAUGAGUUAGCCAUUUCCAUGAAGACAGAUUUGAAACAGUGCAUGUCACAGGUUGAGGAUCGUGAAAAUGGAAACAAGUGCUGCCUGAUAUGCAAAAUAGCGUACCGCAUUCGCCAAACCGACUGUAACUCAUACGAGCCGAGUGUUCUUUCAGUGGGCCCUUAUCACCAUUCGGAGUUACCACUUCAAGCCAUGGAAACGGAGAAGUGGAUAUGUCUGGACUAUAUUCUUAAAUUAAACAGUGAAGUUAGUUUGCAUGAGUACCUGAGCUUGGUUUCAGGACUGGAGAAAGAAGCGAGAGGCUACUAUACCGAGGAAAUAAACAUGGGUAGCGGAGAGUUCUUGCAGAUGCUUCUGCUUGAUAGCUGCUUUAUUCUUGUGUACCUCGGUGGUUUACAAGCACAAGGAGCUUCUGUUGAUGGUGAACAGUUGAAGGAAAACAUGGUGUAUGAGAGGAAGAGGGAAGCAACGGACUUGGUCCCCAUGGACGCUGUCUGCUGCCAAAGUGUGAGUGUACACUCAGGAGACAUUGAAAUAAAUCAAUUCGGUAAAGAGACAGAGGAUGGUCAUAACCAGGGGAAUUAUAAUGGUACUGUAGGAUGGUACAAUAGUUCUGCUGUCUAUGACCUGCUUUUGCUUGAGAACCAGAUUCCAUUCUUCAUUGUCAAGACAGUUUAUCAGUUCUUCUCACGUAAUAUAGCAACUACUUCAUUACUCAGCAACAGCAUUUCCGAAUUCAUGGAAGGCAUUCUUUACCGUUUCCCGAAAGUAAUAACUGAGGCAAAUAGGUCAGAAACUUUUUACCAUGUGCUACACCUGUGUCAUAUGUACUUAAAACCUAGUGACAAGCUGGAGGACUACCAUCAUCUAUAUUCUGCGAAGCCUUGCUACUUCCACUUUAUAUUAGAUAGUAUCUGCAAGAUUUUCACUUUCAGACAAGAGAAGAACAUAUUCCAUGAGCUAGAUUGGCUAAACUCGGUGCAGCAGGUUAAUCGGUGGCGUAGAGCAGUGGACUAUCAUGAAGCAGGAAUGCAAUUCAAGAGGAGGGAAUUUGAUGAAGACAAUCCUCAUUCUCUAUUGGACAUUAGAUUUAGAAAAGGUCUCCUAGAAAUACCAUGUUUGCCAAUCGAUGAUAAGUCUUCUUUGCUUUUCAGAAAUCUUGUAGCUUUUGAGCAAACGUGUCCUCAAGUUGGCGAUGAUAUCACUGCGUAUUUUGUGUUCAUGUCUCAGCUUACUAGUACGUCUGCUGAUGUUGCUCUUCUUGCUGAGAAAGGGAUUAUAGUGCACCAGAUGGAAAGUGACGAGGAUGUCUCGACACUCUUCACCAAGCUUUUUGAGUAUGUGGCAUUUGACUUUGAUGGCGAACACUAUCUGAAAUCCCUAUGCUGUGCCAUGGAAGCACACUACCAAAGUCGUAUCAACAGGUGGAUGGCAUGGCUGUGGCAUAAUCAUUUCAGCAAUCCAUGGGUAGGUUUUGCAGCGAUAGCUUCUGCUUUCAUAAUUUUAUGCAGUAUUAUGCAAACUGUUCUUGCUUUUUUGUCGUACAUGGGAUGA